AAAUUGCUUACAUAGUCUAGGGGAAUGUACAUGUUUAGUGAUUGGCUAUAUACGACUGGGAAGUAAUAUACAGCGUUAACACUAUUGCUAGUGAGAGUCGAAAGCAGACAUAACAUGGACGAUAAAGGACUAACAUGUCAUUUGUCAUAGACAACUCGCGUCCAUAUUAUGAUUCAUAGUCUCACAAUAACCUUAAUAUCCAAAUUAUUUGUAUUUACAGUCUGUAAAAGGUGUGUUGUGUGGAUAUCUCUUAAAUUUUAAUGAAAUUUGACAGUAAAGUAAUAUUAGUGUAUAGUGUCGUCUGCUAGGAGUAUAGUAUACUGUGUCGGCCUAUACAAGAAGAUUAAUAUCCCAUUUCUGAUUCGCUCCAAUAACUGUGAAUAUAUGAUAUACUAAGACAUUGGAUAACAUUGGAAUAAUUUUACUCUCUGGACAAAAUUGAUAGAAUUAGAAUUAAGAUGGGUGAAGUGCUAUUGUUUUAUGCCUCAGAUGGGGAGCAAUGGGCGACAUUUCUUACGAAUAAAUUUACCAGCCAGGAAUACAAUCUGCCUGUCAGAACGGAAUUAUUCUCAACUCCAGAUUUUGAAUUCUCUGCUGAGUGUUGUGUGCAAGUGUUAUUAUUAACGCCCGAAUUGUUAGAAUCAGCAAGCAAAACAAAAACAAACUUUCUAGGCUUAAUACCCACUCGUUGCGUGGUCGUUCUACUGGGCGUUGAGAAGAGCGAUGUCGAAACGCUAUUGAAAGCCGAUGGACAAAGUAAACAUAUAUUUGAUUGUAAAAUAUGUUGUGUAAAUAAUGACAAUGAAACAAUAAAGGGUACGUUAGUGACUAUUAUAGAAGUAUAUGAAGGAUGUGGUUCGGAUGAUGAUGAUGAUAUUUAUUCUGUGCCGCCAUCAAACAAACAAAUUAAUCAUGUCUACCAGGUUAUCCCAGAUCAUAUACAACAGGGUGAUUAUAUCUAUGUUAUACUGGAUCGGAAGGCAGAGAAUGGGGUUCAAAUACAUUGUGAUUCAACCGAUGAAGGCAUCGUCAUAGACUCACUGGAUAAAGCUGUCUAUUGUGCCAAACUUCCAGAAAGUGCUAAAGGUGAACUCAACUUAAGUAUUGUGUCAGAUAACCAACCACUGGGAGAAGAGAAGAUUGUAGUUGAGACUAAACUAGACCGAAUGAGAUCUUUAUUGGAUGAUGUAGUCAAUCCCGUUGGAUUCUUGUGUCAAGCAUUAGGUCUCAGAACAUACACGGCUAAAGCAUUAGAUGAAGCAUUGGUACAAAAAAUCAGAUUGAAAUCAUCGCCAUCUGUAUUUCAAGCCUUUCUCUCAAUAGAUGAUGUCAACUUCACAGACGAUAAAAGUAAAUCAAUAUGGCCGACGCCGUUGCACUUUGCUGCAGAAUAUAAUUUGGAACAGUUUGUCCAAGAACUUAUGAAGUACCCUGGUAUGAUCCUUGCGGCGUGUACGGAAAAUAUCAAUAAAGAAUAUCCGUCGACAAUUGCUGAACGAGAAGGACACACAGAUUUGUGUCACAAACUUGUCCGUUUUGUUUUAGACCAGAAACAAGAUUUAGACAGUGGCAUUUUAGACCCGACCUUUGACCUUCCUGCCCCGAAACCACACGGAUACCAACCAAAAGGUUAUGUUAACCAACCAUCCCGUCAGUCUGAAAUUACAUCUGAUGAAGAUUAUAUACAAAUGGACCCACAUUUACAUCUUGAUGAAAAUUAUACCAAUAUGUCAGCUUUUCCAAAGGCGGUGUCAAGAUUACGAGGGGAAUCACCCUGCAAUUCCCCACAGCUAAAUCGUUCCAAGUUACGACAUCUCAAAGCUCAACUGUUUAGUACUCAACGGUCUGCUUCUGAAGGCGAUACUUAUAGAUUUUCUUAUCUUAGUGAUGAUUCAUCAUGUAGCAGUAUUCCAGAUCCUUUUCCAUGUUUGAUGAAACGUGGACCCGCGCCAUUACUACCCGAAAAGUCUAUUGAUAGAUGUAGUCUUACAAGUGACCUGACAGAUAGCCCACGAAAUACGUAUUACGAAGAUGAUGACACGGAUUCUAUUUAUAAUAUACCUCCACCAGCCUCUCCAAUAGUUAAACACAGAUCAUCUUCUGAAUUUAAAGAUGACUCUCUUAUUGAAAAGGCCACAACAGCUGAAACUGUCUCGGCUCAAUCACCCGUACAAGUUGAAAUAACACAACCCAGCCCAACUCUUCCGAGACCUCAGACCAUGUGUAUAGCUGAUAUAAAUUUUGAUUCACCAGAUUCAGCCAGUUCGUCCAGUAGAUUGUCUGUCGAUUCAGAUUCGGGAAGUCAUGAAAUGAGAGGGGAUAAACCUUCAAGACGGUCUCUUCAAUCUAAAAUUUCCUCAUUUGUACGAAAGUUACGACCUAGAUUUGGAAGUACGAGUGAACUUCCUAAAGUAGACAAAGCAAGAAAGAAAACUAAAUUUUAUACAAAAAGCGAUCCUGGCUUUGGUGACCAGGCUGUUGGAUUAGCAAUCUUAGAUAAAAUAAAUCAAGAUAAAGAUAAAGCUAGUGGAGAACAAGAAAGAGAUAGUGGUAGUUUUAGUGAAGAAGAAGAUGAGAAAACACCUAGAAAUAGUUAUAUCAAAAAAGAAAACAAGAAAACAAGAAAAGGCGACAAAAACAGUGGUCUGAUAAGGAAGAAAUCAGUUCGUGUAACCAGGGCUUUAACAGAUAGCGCCACAGAUGCCCCCUCCGUUCCAUUAAAAGUUUUUCCUGAAGUUUAAACCAUCGGCUGGUGAUAAAUCCCAUAAUAAGUUGCCUUAUAUUGUACUAUGAAACUUUUAGUAAUAGUUAAUAUUGCAUAUUUAUCAUCUUAGACACGUCAAUGAGGGUCUGAAGGUUAACUCAUUUAUUUCCAUAAUAUGUAGUUCAAGAGAAUAUGAUUGUAUCCAAGUUCGUUUUUAUCUAAGUUGCUACCCAACGAAGAAAUUUCAGUCCCUACGAUGUAUUUUAAACAAAGAAAGUGAUUAUUAUCUUUUAGCUCGUUGGGGCAUUACUUGAUUAUAAUACUCAAAUAUUUAAAUGCAAAGAAUCCCAGCUUUGUUGAGAAAUAUUUUGAACAUAUGCAUAUUUAUAACCGUUGAUUGGAAAAGUCAUUCGCAAGAAAACUUGUUUUACAUUUUAAAAAUAAAGUUAUUGUCUGCUUUA